AUGGCUGGAUUAGAUUUCUCGGGAAUUCAACAGUUUGAUCCUCAUUCAGAGCCAAGUUCGCUGGCUUCGCAGUGGAAAGAAUGGCUGCAACGAUUCAAACGAUGUAUAGUCGCUUUUGACAUCAAAGACAAAGCAAGGAAACGAGCUCUAUUGUUAUACCUGGCCGGUCCAAAGGUGGAAACAAUAUUUGCCACGCUCUAUGAUACGGGAGAAGAGAACGACUUCGAUAAAGCCAUAGAGAUAUUGACAGAGUACUUCGCGCCGAAGAAAAACAUUCUAUACGAGCGACAUAUUUUUCGCCAAGUCAGCCAGCGAUCUGACGAAACAAGUGACCAAUUCUGUACACGACUGAGACAUCGUGCCUCGACAUGCGAAUUCGAUAAUGUAGAGGACGAGAUUAAAACACAAAUCGUGGAAAACUGCAGGUCUAGUCGACUCAAAAGGAAAGCAUUUCGGGAUGACCCCUGUAGUGUAUUAGACCGGAACUAAUUAGCAUGUAUGUAAAUUAAGGUAUAUAAACUUAGUGUUUGUAACUAUGUAUGUGCAGUUCUUAUAUGUAGUAUAAUAAAGUGGUUCAAAAUACUACAUUUGGCGACGAGGAAGAAACUAAAAAAGACAGCAUGUCUACAUGCUUAAGUGGACUGCCUGGAUUGCUAGCGUUUGACGCUGUAGGCGAACCAGCAACAUUAGCCCAGAGAUGGACAACAUGGAAGGAAGAAUUCGAGCUAUUCGUUGCCGCAUCGGGAAUAAGCGAUUCAACCCAGAAAAGAGCCCUUCUUCUCCACCUUGCUGGCCCGAAAGUGAGAGACAUUUUUAACAAUUCUAUACCCGAAGGCGCCCGAGGCGAAGCAAAGGACUACAAUAAAGCAAUGGACUGCCUUUCAGACCAUUUUAAAAUGAGAAAAAAUGUGCCUAUGGCUCGACAGGCGUUUAUCGCAGCGAAGCCGAACGUGGGCGAAACAAUUAACAACUUUAUAACACGACUACAGAAGCUAGCAGAACACUGUGACUACGGCGAGGAACGUGAUAAUCAAGUAAGAGAUCAUGCUAUUUCUUACAUUAAAGAUAAGAACUUAAAAUCGAAGUUAUAUCGUGAAGAAACAUUGACUUUAAACAAACUUAUGGAAAUAGUCGGCGAGUAUCAUGACCAAGAGGCGUUAAUCCUUUUGUCUGAUCGAGUAAACAACAUUCAAAUUAGUUCAAAGAACAAAGGACGGUGUUGGCGUUGCGACAAGGCGGGACAUUACGCAAGAGAAUGUCGAAGCUCGCGAGACCACAAGUGUGGAAAGUGCGGUAAAGUUGGGCAUUUCGAAGUCUGCUGCCAUUCAAGAAGCAAGCAACCCGAAACACGUCAAGGCACAAAUAAUCAAAGUACUCGUGUUGGUGGAAAUCGAGGAAGAAACAAGAAAAGAUCGGAUGUGCGUCAAGUUACAGAUGGUGAACUCCCUGCAGCCGAGCCGGAAAAGCAAGCAUACGACGGAGACUAUUACCACAUGUUCAGCGUUGAAGACAUAGGUGAAGAGAACUUUCUGGAAUUGAAGAUUGAAGAUAAGUUUGUUAAAAUUGUUAUUGACUCUGGUGCUAGCUGUAACUUAAUCUCGCAUGAAAUGCUAGAUUAUAUUACGGGGGGUAAAGUGAAUUUAUCGCCUUGUGAUAAGAAAAUUUAUGCUUACGCAGCGGUUAAUCCGUUAGAGCUUGACGGGAAAUGUAAGCUUAACGUAUAUGUGCCUCAAACUAACCAACAAAUUUUGACUGAGUUCUAUGUUACAAGUGGGAGGGCAGUGACGUUGCUUGGUCGCAAAGCGUCUCAAACGUUGGGACUGUUAAAAAUCGGGGUAUCUCUGCAUAUUUCAACAGAAAGAAAAGCUGUCUUUAAAGCAAAGUUCCCCAAAGUUUUUCGAGGACUUGGUAAACUUAAGGGAUAUCAGUUAAAAUUCCACAUUGAUCCUGAAGUAGAACCCGUAGCCCAGCCUGUACGUAGAAUACCAUUUAGUCGCAGACCCAAAGUUGUACAGAAAAUAGAAGAGCUCGUCGAACUUGACGUAAUAGAAAAAGUAGAGGGUCCAACUAGCUGGGUUAACCCAUUAGUCGUAGUAGAAAAGCCAAAUGGGGACGUAAGAAUUUGUUUAGAUAUGAGACGUGCGAACAAGGCGAUCAAGAGAGAGAAACAUCCAGUUCCUACAGCAGAAGAAAUCUUACAAGAAAUCUCGGAAGCAAAGGUCUUCACCAAAUUAGACCUUAAUAUGGCGUUCCACCAAAUUGAGUUGCACCCAGACUCGAGGGACAUAACCACAUUCGCGGCGCCAAACGGUUUAUAUCGAUACAAGAGGUUGAUCUUCGGGGUGAAUAUGGCAACAGAGAAGUUCCAGAAUAUCAUUUGGCAAGUCAUCAAAGAUUGCCCAGGCGCAUACAACAUCCAUGAUGAUCUUCGUGUCGUUGGCGCUACUGACAAAGAACACGACGAGAAUCUAGAAAGAGUGAUGAGGAAAUUGGAAGAAAAUGGUCUCACGCUGAAUUAUGAGAAGUGUGAAGUCGGCGUCAACGAGAUGGUUUACAUGGGAGACGUUUUGUCUGGGGAUGGUCUACAACUCUCAGAAAAACGAGUCAAAGCUAUUGUCGACGCGCCAGAACCCAAGAACCAGUCGGAGGUUCGAAGUUUCCUUGGCUCAUCGCAGUUCUGUGCAAAGUUUAUCCAGAAUUUUGCAACCGUGUCGAGUCCUUUAUGGGAUCUCACGAAGAAAGGUGCCAAGUGGAA